AUGAAGUUGGUCGAGGCCACUGAGCAGAUUGUAACACAAGACGUGAAAACGAGCACCGCACUGAGUGCGCCAAAAAAAUGGCAAACUCUUGACAAUAUUGUCAAUAAAACGAAUUUAAAACUGGGCGGUAUGAAUUUUGAUUUACGUCUCGAAAGUGAGAGAGCCCAGAAGUCUAUAAUGGAUCCAGGAAGGCUCAUCAUAGGUCUUGAUAUUACCCAUCCACCCGCAAUCAACAAAAGCAAAGAUAAAGAUAAUUCGGUGCCAUCAGUUGUGGGCGUAAGCUUGUUCAUUCAUACACUGGCUUAUUUACGGAGUAGUUAG